UGAAUCAUCACACAAUCAACUAAAAACAUCACUUAGUACUAUAAUCCAAGGAGAGAUGGCCUCAUUGACCAACAAGCUGAUAGCCCAGGUGGCGUUCAAGGCCGGUGGCGACAUCUUCCAUCACCUCAUGUGCUAUAAUCCCCGCCACCUCAUCAGCGCCACCCCUGACAAGAUCCAGGACUGUAAGAUGCUUCAAGGCGACUUCGGAGUCAAUGGCUCCGUGAUCGAGUGGAGCUACAAUGUUGAUGGGACGCCUCAGACGGCAAAACAGGUGCUUCAAGGCAUCGACAACGAGAAGAAGCAAAUCUCGUGGAAGAAUCUCGAAGGAAGCCUUUGCGAGCUCUACAAGGACAUGGUCAUAACGGCCCAUGUUGAGACCAAAGAUGGAGUCAACUUUGUCACUUGGACUGUGGAAUACGAGCUCAUCGCGGCUGACACUCCGCACCCGAUGUCCUUCUUGAACUUCGUCAUCUGUCUCACUAAAGAUAUGGAGUCUCACAUCUUUGGUUGAUCGAUCGAUCGCCUAAGUGUUUGGACUUUGAUCUCACAACCUACCCACACAAUAAAUUAAUAAUGUUGUUCUCGAUUUAAAUAAGUCUAUGUAUGUUGUAAUUGCAAUAAGUGGUGGUUUGGUCGAAGUUCUAUCGACUCAAUUUAUAUAUUAAUUCUACUAUCA